AAAGGUUGGAUCAGUAUUGUGUUAUGAACUGUAAUGCACAGGCAUGAUAUUCAGCUAGAUCUUUCAGUUUAGUCUUUGUUAAAGUAAUUCUGCGUCCAGGACUGAAUCAGAUGCACAAUGGCUUUUAUCAGAAGAAAGGAACGCUCUAAAGAGAGGUUCUCAUUGUUGUUGCUGGAUCUUGAGGAAUACUACUUUGAACAACAUACUGCAUAUCGUAUGACUGCACUUCCAGACAGAAAUGUUCGGGGGUCACUAAAAAUUUGCUCUAAAUCGAUCAUUUUUGAGCCAGAUGACAUGAAUGAGCCUAUUCUAAAGAUCCCACUGAAAGACUGCAGACGGAUAGAGGGAGUGGAGGAGAACGAGAGCAACCCUUUUAAAGAAACAAAACCUGCAUCUUUACUUGUGGAAACCAAGCAGGUUUAUUUCAUUAAGGAGGCGAAUGUUGUUGCUCCAUACAAAUAUGAAAGGGGUGAAAGAAACAUCAUGUUCCAACUGGAGAUGCCUAGGAAAACUGAAGACGUCGUUCAGACAUUGCUGCAGUUACACAGAGCGUCUUGUCUGGACAAGCUCGGUGACCAGACCGCCAUGAUUGCUGCUAACUUGCAGUCCAGGUUGGCUAGAACAUCUUUCGAUAAGAACAGCUUUCAGAGUGUGACCGAGCAGCCGCAUAUGGAGUGUGAGGCUGAGAUGGUGUCUCCUCUGGUAACCAACCCCGGCCAUGUCUGCAUCACUGACCACAGUCUCUACUUCCAGCCGCUGAAUGGCUACCCUGAUUCAGCGGUGCAGAUUGGACUCCACAGCGUCCGGCGCAUCUACAAAAGAAGACAUGGCCUGAGACCACUGGGGCUGGAGGUGUUUUGUACAGAAAAUGAUCUGUGUUCUGACAUCUACCUGAAGUUCUACAACACAAAAGAUCGGGAUGAACUUUACUACUACAUCGCCACUUACCUCGAGAACCACGUAGCAGAGCAUACAGCAGAGAGUUACAUGUUGCAGUGGCAGAGAGGCCACAUCUCCAACUACCAAUACCUGCUUCACCUCAACAACCUGGCAGAUCGCAGCGUUAAUGAUCUCUCCCAGUACCCUGUGUUUCCCUGGGUCCUCAGCGACUACACUAGUCCUCAGCUAGAUUUGUUAAACCCUGCUUCGUUUCGUGACCUCAGUAAACCUGUGGGAGCCUUAAACAAAGAAAGACUGGAAAGAUUACUGGAGCGUUAUAGGGACAUGCCUGAACCUUGUUUCAUAUUCGGUAGCCACUACUCCUCACCUGGAUAUGUCUUAUUCUACCUCGUCAGAUUGGCUCCAGAGCACAUGCUGUGUUUGCAAAAUGGCCGGUACGACCACGCAGACCGAAUGUUUAACAGUGUUAGCGAUACGUGGAAGAACUGCUUAGAGGGAGGAACUGAUUUCAAAGAGUUGAUUCCUGAGUUUUAUGGAACAGAAACCAGUUUUUUGAAAAACACGCUGGGUCUAAAUCUGGGCCGGAAGCAGUGUGGUGGCCGUGUAGGAGAUGUGGAACUUCCUUCCUGGGCAUCAGAUGCAGACGACUUCUUACAGAAGCUGCGAUCUGCAUUGGAGAGUCAGCAUGUGUCUGAGCAUCUACACGAGUGGAUUGAUCUGAUCUUUGGCUACAAACAAAGAGGGAGUGAAGCUGUGGCAGCACACAAUGUUUUCCAUCCGUUAACAUAUGAGGGCGGCAUUGACUGUGACAGUAUUGAGGACCCUGAAGAGAAGAUAGCCAUGCUAACACAGAUUCUGGAGUUUGGUCAGACUCCUCGUCAGCUUUUCACCACUCCACACCCUCAGCGCAUCACCCCUCGAUUCCACAGUGUUUCUACAGGAACAAGCAACAGCAGCUCACCCAAUGACCUUUCACCAGGUUCUCCCAGUACGGAAUCGUUUGAGGAUCUGACAGAGGAGAGCAAAACUCUUGCUUGGAACAACAUGAACAAACUCACACUGCAGUCCAGUCACAAGAUACACAAAGAGGCAGUGACCGGAAUUACAGUGACUCUGAAUGGAGCAUCAGCUUUCACAACAUCUCAAGACUCUACAUUAAAGAUGUUUUCUAAAGAGACCAACGCGCUUCAGAGGAGUGUGUCCUUUUCAAACAUGGCGUUAUCUUCUUGUGUGUUGCUGCCUGAAGAUAAAACAGUUGUUUGUUCUUCAUGGGACAAUAAUGUGUACUUUUACUCAAUAGCCUAUGGUAGGAGGCAGGAUACCCUCAUGGGCCAUGAUGAUGCAGUCAGUCAGGUUUGCUGGAGAGACAGUCAGCUCUACACAGCAUCGUGGGACUCGACUGUAAAGGUGUGGAAGUGUGUAGCUGCAGAUAUGUCCAGUAAUAAGAGGACACCGUUUGAGCUGCUUGCUGAACUGGAGCAUGAGGCUGGGGUAAACACCAUAGCUCUUAACCCUGCUGGUACGCUACUGGCUUCAGGCACAAAAGAAGGCACCCUCAGUAUCUGGGAUCUUGCCAGCUUCUCCAUCCUGCAUCAACUUACCUGCCAUUCUGGAAAUAUCCACCAAGUGGCGUUUAGUCCUGACAGUAGAAAUAUCCUGAGUGUGGGUGAGGAUUCAUGUCUAAAGGUUACAGACGUACAGACCGGCAUGCUCCUCUCGACGAUUCAUGCUGAGGAAGAACAAAGGUGUUUCUGUUGGGAUGGCACCACAGUGUUGGCGGGAGGUCAGUCAGGAAAUCUGCUGAUCUGGGAUCUACUCAACAGCAAAAUCACACACAGGAUUCCUGCUCACUCAGGUCCUGUCUCGUGUAUUUGGAUGAAUGAACAGUGCUGCAGCAUCAUUACUGGAGGGGAGGAUAAACAAAUGAUGUUUUGGAAACCCCAGUUUUAACCCACACCAAUGCAUGAACUCCCAUACAAUGACAUGUGCUGGACACUAUUUGAUUUGAAGGUUGUGUUUUAUUAUUCUAGUCCUGUGAUCAUGUGAGCAUAAAUCUGAUACCAAGCCAGCACAACACACUAUACACUGAGACACAAUCAGAAACUCAUCAGGAAUUACAUUUACUUUUAAUAUGCAGGACUUGUGUAGUGAGAGCAGUGCUUUUUUAGAUCUGUAUGUAAAAUUGCCAUUUGGUUGUGUAUUUUUUAUUAUUAUUUUAUAUUACUGUUUUAUCACUCCGUUUUAUUCUUAGUCAACAGCAAAAAGGUCCUGACUUCAGUUCCCAGGUGGAGCAGUCUAGGUCCUUUCUGUGUGGAGUUUGCAUGUUCUCCCCGUGUCUGCGUGGGUUUCCUCUGGGAGCUCCGUUUUCCUCCCACAGUCCAAAGACAUGCAAGUGAGGUGAAUUGGAGAUACAAAAUUGUCCAUGACUGUGUUGGACAUUGAGAUGUCAUAUUAUGUAUUUAACCAAAUCCUACUUCAGUCCAUUUGAUUAUCUGCACAGUCAUUAUUAUUACAAUAGCAGUAUCACAUUUAUGCUCACAGUGUAUGUUUUUCAAUAGCUUUUAUGACCUCCCAUUUAGACUAUAUUUACAUAACCAAACGUGCAUUAGGGCCUAAUGUAAAAUUUUUUCACUGUAAUUGUUUAGUGUUGCAGUAGUGCUAAAGUUACAUAAACUAGACCAACAUAUUUUUGACCGUUCAACCAAAAGUAAAACAAAAUGCUUAACAUGAAUGCACAUGCUUUGCACAUGAAUACAAAUAUUAACGUGUGAUCAUUCAGGGACCUUGCACACAGUGUUAGUAAUAGGCUCUGGAUCAUUAUACUCUGAGUUACUGAAGAUAAAAAUAAAUGAGGUGGAUUUUUCCUUUAAGGUCCUGAUCAGAACCUGCUAGUAUAGCUGCAAACAUACCAAAAUGAACCACUGUAACUGUUCAUCUAGAGAAUUUUAGUGAUUAUUUUAAUGAAUAUACCGCUAUAAGAGUUGGACAAACUGGCCUAAUUGUGGAUUAAAUCAUUUUAACAUUUAUUCAAUCUAACGUUACA